AUGUCUGGCCAGACAGAGCCGUGUCAGUCUCUGAUGCGCAAAUGGGCACUUUCAAGUGCCAUGAACUCCUCCGUUUCAUUCCGCAAACUAACCGUCAUUGCACACAUGAGCAAAGCUUCGUCUGGAGGCUUGGGCUUCAGUAUCCCUCUCAUGGCCAUCCACGGAGGUGGAGAGAGCGAGAAUCGGAUGCUCACGCCCCCUCCGUCCAGCGAUCUGGACUCGGCCUCGCCUCGCACUGACGCGAGUUGGCCCUCGGACGACGAACUCAACGAGAUGGUACUGCGGAAGACCAAGAAACGCUCCAACUCGAGCGCGUUUUCGACCGAGGGCAUGAGUGCCGAGGCCAUCAAGCAACACAAAGCGCAACGUCGUAGAGAACAAGUGCGUGCAGCUUCACGUCGAUGUCGCGAUCGUCAACGGAAAGAGACGGAGGAUCUCCGCACCAAAGUCUUCCAAUUAGAAGAGUUUAUCACCCACACGAGACAAGCUCAUGAGUGGGAAAUGAGGCAACAACACGAAAGACUUCAAACGUUGCAGCACGAGAAUGAGUUGCUGGCUCAACAACUAGCAGCGGCAACUACCGUACACGACAUUGAGCCAGUGCCACUGGACAAGUUGGAAGACCGUACCUUACCAGACGAUCUUGUGGAGUGUAUUGAAGGUGAUACACCGCGUCACUGGAGCGAGGAGCUGGUGCAUCUCGCGGUGGAGGACACGACCCGCCAACUGGUGACAAUGUUGGAGUCCGAGGUCGAGCCAGUGAAAUCUCCGGUUAUUUUUGGCUGGCAAUUUGACUUUUGGUGCCAAGGUGACAAAUAUUACGGUCGCAAUCGAAAAUUCUUCCCCAAUGUCACCGCACUAGAAUUGGGUAAACAGCGGACAGCCGAGCCAGGUGCUGGUGGCGGAAGGAGACGACACAAGUCGAGUUGCAUUGUCAGACACGCACGAGCGAUGGAGCAGCAGCAGGUCGCGGAGUCGGAGGCAUCUCUUGCCGUGGACGUGAAGGCGGAGGCCGAGCCGGAGCCGCAGCUCGAUGCUACCGUGGGGAGCCCCACAGACGACGCAAGUAAGAACAAGAAGAAGAAGAAAAAGAAGAAGAAAAACCGACGAAAAAGUUUGGAGAAGGUGGAGAUUGAUGACCUCAAGGGAGACAAGUCGGACCCUGAAGGGGAGGAAGCGACCAACCAGGACGAGACUGAAGUCACGGACGAGAGCGAAGAGACUACAGUGGCGAGUACAGUGGCCAAUGAAACUGCAGUUGAGAGUACCGUAGCGGAGAGUACCGUGGAAACUACCGUGGAGAGUGUCGUAACGAAGGAGAGUACCGUGGCCGAAGCGAGUACUGCAGCGGAGGGUAGUACCGAAAAAACUACCGUGGAGAGUACCGUGACUGAGGAAAAAACUGUCGUGCUCGAAGAGAGUAAAGUGGAUGAGGACGCUACAAUGACUACGGAAGCUAAAGUGGCGAGCACCGACGGUACUGUUGCCGACGACACUACCGUACACAGCACCGUGACCGAGAAACGUUCUAUUGAGAGCAACACAGUGGAGGAGCAUCUAGAGCCCUCCAACCAAAGCCAAGAAGCUGAAGACGACGUGUCUCCUCCCAAUCUCGAGCGAACAUCGUCAAUAGAUACGCUCAAGGCGACGGGGACGAAAGCUGUGGGCUCAUUGUUCUCAAGGUUCAAAGUGGGACGCAAGAAGCCUCUCCCAAGUCGCACCGACUCGGCCGCACAAUUGGAGCUCGUAGUACCGUCGCCCGUGAAGACGGCCGUCAAGAAACUCGAAAUCCCUGAGGACAAGAACUUAGACGACCUGCCUAUGCGUACGAAGAAAGAUUUCUUCGUUGAGGGCGAGCAGAGUGUCCAUGUGAGUACCGAGAAGGACAAAUACGACGCCCUGGAGAAGCAGAGGAAGGCGGAAGACCCCGAAAUCGCUGCUCGACGUACUCCACCGGCAAGCUCGAGGUCGAAUACAGAGAUACAAACGCAACUUGAAGCUGCCAAGCAGCAGAUCGAAGCCAUGGAGACUACCGUGGCGGACACGGAGAGCACAGUAGUCGACAGUUCGACGGAAGUUAGUGUCGAUGAAACGAUUAAACCUGCUGAAAUACCAAGCCACGACGCAGUAGUCUCAGUGGAGAGUACCGAGCCGAAGACGACCGAUGUGGAGGACGGUACUACCGUAACUGAGGCCACGAAGCCUGCAUCAUUGCAACUAGAGCUCGACCUUGAACUGCGUGACGACGUCGCGUCGACUGCACACGCCGACUUGUUGUCCGUAAAGAUUACGCCUCCAGCGUCUGAGCUUCCUGCUGACACUACAGCACCCGCUAAGCCAGAGAAGAUGUCGCCAGUCAAGAGUCUCGCCAGUCGCUUUGAAGGCAAACGCGAGCAAUCUCUCGACACCUUAAAGUUUCGCACGGUACGCGAGUUCUUCCCGACGGAGCGCAGUAUCCGCGUGGGCGCCGAGAAGCAGAAGUACGAGGCACAAGCGCUGAAGGCCAAAGCGGAGGAAGAAGCCAAGUCCAAGUAUAAAUUAACUAGCAAGUCUGCAGCUGUCGAUUCUGUGACGCUAGCUGCCGAGACGGACGGCUAUACGACGCCCGACGCAGCGUCCAGUAGCAAGAAAAUGAGCUUCGACGACGGCUAUUCGUCGGCCGAUUCCGCCAGUAAGUUCAGUGACGAGGCUCUGACGCCUGUCAAGAGUAUCGCUAGUCGCUUUGAAGGCAAACGCGAGCAAUCGCUCGACAGUCUCAAGUUCCGCACAGUCCGCGAGUUCUUUCCAGAGCAGCGAAGUGUUCAUGUGGGCGCGGAGAAGGCGAAAUUCGAGGCCAUCACGAAGCAGCAGGAGGAAGCGAAAGCUGCCGAGCGGAAGACGAAACACGUCGUGGCUUUGACUACAGAGAAGAGCGAUAGCAAGGAGAGCGAAACCGAGAUCGAGACGUCGCUGGCUAGUGCUGCUGAGCCACAAGUGACGAAUGUUGUCGACGCUGACGAGAGUGCGACAGCGAUGGAUGGUCAAGUGGAGACAACAGAGAUGGACAAGACGACUGUUGUUGUAGAGGAGACGCCUGCUGUGUCUUCUGAGCACCAAGUGGACGAUGUCAACAGUACGGAGCUGGAUGUCGCUGUUACCAGCGAGGAUGCUGUUGUGACAGAGGACCAAUCGCUUGCCAAGGAUACGGAAGCUACUGUCCCGAUUACCAGUGAUGACAUUGCGGUGAGUGAGGAGGUAAAGGACGAGGUUGGUGUUAUAGAGACUGUGCAGAAGGAAGAGGACGUUGGUGAUACAAAGCAAGAGACGUGUACAGCUGCUGAUCCCUCUGAAGACCCCGUUGAGACAACGAUUGAAUCUGUCGCCGAGCAGGUCAGCGUCGAGGAAGCGGAGAUGGUUCAAGGGCGAGAUGACAUUGCUGAAGAGAAAAGUAUAAGCGAGUUGGUUGAGUUGGAUCUUAGCGUCCAAGAGACGCUGCGUAUCGAGUCUGCAGUCACUUCUAGCGACGAAAUUGCUGCUGUCAACACCGAGUCGACUGCUCUAAACGUACAGCCUACCGACGCUCUAGAAUUCGUGGAGGAAAGUCGGCUAAAAAGUGCCGAUAAAGCGCUUGUCGACGUCGAUCGGGACGAUGUCGACCCUCCUCAAGUCCACUCGAGUCAAGGACCCAAGUCCAAGCGCGCUCUUCUCACAACGGAGCGGUCGUUUGUGAUGGAAAAAGACGAGACCAUUGAGACGGAAGAUACGGUCGUAGUAGGCGAACGCCCCAUGACGGACGGAGAAGACGAGUUCGAGCUGCUGUCACCGACUAAAAGACGUCCAGCUCACGAGUUAUUCGAUGCGACCCCGUCCAAGAAGCAGCUGAAGAAGCAAAACUCGGCUCCAAAAUUGACUCGCAAGGUCUCGGUAGGCUCCGUGGGCUCGGCCAAAUCUUCGUCCUCCCGAACUACAGUCCCCGUGCCGAUGAAACGUGCGUCCAUCACGGCUCCUACUGCGUCGUACAAGGCCAGACAAGCGGCCGAAGCGGAGGAUCACAAGGCGGCGCAGUUGAAGAAACACGGCUCUGCCUCCAAGCUCAAGGGAACGGUAGCGUCUCCCACAGUCCCGAUCCCAAUGAAGAAAGCGUCCAUCUCAGCCCCCACAGCCUCGUACAUGGCGAGAAAAGCAGCAGAAGGCAAGCAGCAGUCGAAGAAGAGCGACACUGGCGUCAUGAAGCCUCGUCCUACCGUCCCUGUGCUCAUGAAGAGAGCGUCCAUCACAGCACCGACUGCUUCCUGGCAAGCCAGGAACGUUCCGGAUCAGUCUUCGGAUUCUGUUCCGAAGAACCUUGCUUCCAAGCCUUCGCCUACUGUUCCUGUAGCGCCAAAGCGUGCAUCAUUUAUGACAUCUACAGCCUCGUUCAAGGCUAGGAAGACUAGUGAUGCGGUUGAAAUGACACCUCCAGUUCGGAACAAACGGUACGAGAACGUCCGGAGCAAAGUCCGGGACGGGAUCCAGUCCGGAACGACCCACUCGACCCACAAGAUCACCAAGGAGGAGUUUAUCGCUGCGGAACGGCGUAAAAGUCUGGGAUCUGCUGGUGUACGCAGCGUAUUGGACGUAGUGGAUCGUCGAGCGUCGCUCUCGGCUCGCGCAGCUAUCGACGGACCGCCAGAGCCGUUUAUCCGCUCGGCUGUGUCUCGGAAGAAGCUCAACUCGACGCUGCCUCGGUACUUGGACUACGAGAACUCGUCGGGAUACGCGGAACGCGCUCGCAAGCAGUACGAGCGUCGUAAACGUCUGGAAGAGGAGAACGCGGCCAAGUCGGAGCAGCGGCAACGUGAACUGAGGACGUUUUUCAACGACCGACAGCAGAAGUCGAUGCUGUCGAGUGCAGAGGAAGUUCGUCGUGGCUUGGAGGCUCACGAGUUCGCGCAGUUGGCCAAGGAGAGCGAACAGGAAGCGCAGAAGGCGCGGAGGAGAGGCCAACAGGGUACGCGACCUACGCGUGCAUCGCAACGCGCAUUGUCGACUACCUCUGCGUCGUCGUCGCCUGGUGUAGCGUCUCGUACCUCGAACAAGUCGACGGUGUCGUCUGCCUCGGUAGUAGAGAAGGUUGUUGCGGCUGUAGUGGAGACGGCGUCGACUGUCGUAACGGAGACAGUUGACGAGAUGGAGACAAAGCAGGAAGGCGUCACGGAGACGGAGGUGCAAGUCCAAGAGGUGGCGACUUGUGUGUCUGUUGUGGACGAGGACCCGGAGCUGAAGAAUGUGGCCAAGAAGAUCGACUUUGACCAGACCAGUAGCGACAGUGAACAGGUUGUUAUCGAGUAG